GUGAGGUGAUCCAUCAAUUUCAUUAAUCAUGUGAAUUUGACAUGUUUGUCUUUGUUCGUAGACUAAGUGCACAACAAUCACACACUUUUCCUUUCUAUCUUCUUAUUUGCUUCCACUAUAAAAGUAUCACCCAAACCAACCACUGUACACUACCAUGUUCUUUUCUUCUAUAUCAGUAUCCAUUUAGCAUAUACCUGAAUUUGUCACCAUAUUCAUGUGGAUAAAACUAUUUAGAGUUUUCAGAGAAUUUCACAUAUAGUUGUUCUCAGAAUUUGAAGGUACAAUAGAUGGCUUUCUAUGGCUACAAUGAUGAUGCUGGUGAGUACCAUUGGACUCCUAAUUUCAGUGUGUCUUAUGAUUAUGAUGCUUUUCCAAUAUCAUAUUCUUCCUAUGGGCAAAGUACUAAUUAUAAUUACUACUAUACUACUCAAAUACAUCCAGAAUUAAGUUACUCUGUACACAAUUCUGUUGAGUCAAAACUUAUCCAAUAUGAAAAUGGUCCUAAUUCAUUGGAGACAAGAACCAUAAUUUCUUGUUAUACAAAAGAACAGGAUGACACUCAGUUUGAUGAAUAUGAUCCAACCCCUUAUGAUGGUGGCUUUGACAUGGCUCAAACCUAUGGCAAACCCCUUCUUCCCUCAAAUGAAAUAUGUUAUCCUCGUUCGAUUCCUGAGUCUAAUGGACUUCCCUUAGAUGGUUUUGACUAUGGAUCAAAUCAUUCGCCCUAUGUAAGCCACACCAAUCAGCUAGAAAAACCCCAGGAUCAAAACAAAGACAUGGGUGUUAAAGAUGAGCAAAAAUCUUUAUCUGGUGUGAAAGAAAAAGCCAUUCUUGAAAAACCAAUAGAACCUCCUCAACAAGAUCAAGAUUUUGUAGUUGGUAAUGGAAAAACAGGGGAAAAACCCAUUCUUGAAAAACCAGUAGAACCCCUUCAACAAGAUCAAGAUUUUGUAGUUGGAAAUGGGAGUAUAGGGGAAUAUGGAUAUGAUUGUGGGAGACAAUUGCAACAAAUUCCAUAUGGUUCAGGUUUGGAAUGUAUGGAUUUGUGUGAGAGCUUAUUUGGUUACUGGCCCUGCAUAGCUAAGGAAAACCAGAGAAGAAGAAAUUGUAAUUAUGUAAAUGUUGCUGAAGAUAGCAGCAGCAUUAAUGAACAAUGGAAAUGUGCUGCAGAUUAUCUUUUUGGGAAUCCCUAUGGAUAUGGUGGUGAUGGAAGAGAUUGGGAUUCUGUUUGUAGCAAUCAAAGUUAUUACUAUCAGCAAAAGCCUUAAUUUUAUGAAGGAUUGGUAAAGAAAUACCUUACACUUCAAAUAAUAAGAUGAUUUUUAAAAUACUUUCAUGUAUGUAUCUAAGUAUCUUGUUAUAGUUAGGCUGUGCAGCUUCACCCUCCCCCCCCCCCCCCCCUUUUUUUUUUUUCUUUUUUGGUCAUUAUCAUUAUUGCCAAUGUUUUUUUAUUUCGCUGUGUAAUUACUCUUUUGAUCCCUCAAUUAUUAGUAACUUGCAAUUUUAA